GGUCCAGAGAUUUAUGUCUCUGGUAGGUCCUUUCAUUAUUUCAUGUCCGAAAAUAGCCAACAGAAUUCUUAUAUUUAAACUGUCAAUGUAGCAUGAUAUUGCAAAUGCUUUAAAAACAUCUCAAAAUAGCAAGUACUUUUCCACAUGCAAACAAAAAUGAGAAAUUUGAAAAAAAAAUCAAAAACCAAUAUGAAGUUUAUACUAGUCAGAGUAUCAAUGCAUCGUUCACCUUUACGCACGUGUAUAUCUGCUUAGAAUGGCCUUGGAAAGGAAACGAGUCUUGUGAUUUCCUUUCAAGAUAUAAGAUAUCAUUUGAUGAACACGACCUUUGUGCAGUAGUCAAAAUGUAAGAAGAAAAACUACAUGGCACCCAGACCGCCUUGCUUAUAUAACCGAGUCUGAAACAGAGUAGGAUUUUUGACAUAAUUCUGUUGAAGCCCAUAGACUCGGUCCAAAAAUUUCGUCAACAACUGUGAAUUUAAAAAAAAGAACUGAAAUGACGAAAUUGACGCGGUUCUGUGAUGUAGUGGUUGUUUUAUUGGGCCUUUGCAGCCCAACUUUUGGUGGGUUCAAUCACCGAGUGAUCCCAGCUUGCGAUGAGAGCGAGGAUGUAUGUAAGUUCGAGUUUGACAUUAGAUACAAGUUUUCUAUGGUGUAUUACUUCAAUGGAUACUCGACGCCCAUCGUGAUUCGCAACGGGACGAUGAUGAAGAGAUCUGUGUACAAUAGCGAAGAAUUUACUCCCGUUACCCCACGAGAGCUAAGCGAGAUUUUGACAGUUGACGGGGUCUACAAACUUCUAUUCGCCAUUAAUGGAGAGCUUCCGGGCCCGCCAAUUGUAGUUUACGAAGGACAGACGAUUGAAGUCAGUGUGAAGAACGGGCUAUCGAACGAAGCCUUCACCAUUCACUGGCACGGCAUGAUACAGAAGAACACCCCAUGGAUGGAUGGCGCUUCCAUGGUCACUCAAUGUCCCAUAAACCCUGGUGAUACCUUUUUAUACAGGUAUAAAGCUGAACCCCGCGGAACCCAUUGGUACCACUCCCACCAAGGAACCAUGCGGACGGACGGGGUGGCGGGGCCGAUCAUCGUCCUCCCCCGGAACAAGAGGACCGACAUACCGGAAGUUGAAGAGGAAUUCAUUCUGAUGAUCCAAGACUGGAACCGGAACUCUUCGUCACUCGAGAGUCACGUGAUUCAACACUUCAACAUGCACCUCUAUUCUAAUAACUUCAACUGUACGACCGACUGUUACAAACCAACACAUUCUGUAGACGGUACCAAUAUGGGGGUGGUGCCAUUUCACUCCGGGCUGAUCAACGGAAAAGGCCAUUAUUACCCAGAUAAAGGAGAGGACCCAUUAAUUCCGGAACUGCCGUUAGAGACGUUUAACGUGAAACCAGACAAAUACUACCGCUUCCGGAUCAUCAAUGCCGCCAUGUUGUUUUCCUUCCGGUUUUCAAUUGAUGAGCAUACAAUUCACGUAGUUGCAACAGACGGAAAUGACGUUGAGGCUGAGAGUGCGCAGUCAAUCAUAAUGUCAAGCGGGGAAAGAUUUGACAUACUCGUGAAAACAGAUGGAAAUCCAAGAAAGAACUACUUUAUUCGCGCAGAAACAAUCGAGGUUAAAAAUAGACAUAAUGAACCAAACAGACCAGGGCGUGUGACGGCGAUACUGAGGUACGAGGACGCCCCUGAAGAACUUCCAAAGACAGAACGAGAAACCUGCACCCGCCAAAACGUCUGUAAAGUCCUCAACUGUCCGUACAAACUCUAUCCAUCGGAGGCUCACAUUAGAUGUUUGUCAACUGCUCACUUCCGGUCUACGCAGGAGAUGAUUAAAAGACAACCGGUUCCUCUUCCUCCGCGAGGCGAGGACAUUCGGGAGGAUUUUCUGAACUUCCACUACGCUGGAUUCAAAGGAAGUCCUUUUAUGGCGGCCAUUAACGGAUAUAAAUUUGAAUUCCCAACAUGCCCUCCUCAGAUUACCUAUGACGUCCCGGCGCGCACCUGCUUCAAUGACUGCCAAGAUCACGACUGUGGAGAGUACUGUGAAUGUACCCACACCCUGAAGUACGACCAGAUGCCCCUCAACGCCGGCGUACAGAUGGUUCUCGUCAAUAAUGAUGAGUUUGCUGGAGCCACAAACCAUCCGAUUCACAUUCACGGACACCACGUGCACAUUCUCAAAGUCUCCUACCCGGAAGUAGAUGAAGAAACCGGAAUAAUUGUCAAGGCGACGCCCGACAUUAGAUGCGCCGGAAAAGAUUGUAAAUAUCCAAGUUGGGAAAAGGAGGAAUGGGCAGGGGGAAACGUCCCGGACCUAAAUCUACGAAACCCGCCUCUGAAAGACACCGUUGUGGUGCCAAGAAUGGGUUACGUUGUUCUCCGAUUUCCUCUGGACAAUCCAGGCUACUGGUACAUGCACUGUCACAUGGAGGCGCAUCAGUUAGAGGGAAUGACCCUGAUCAUCAAGGAGGGGCUUCACUCUGCCCAGAAGAAACCCCCGAAAAAUUUUCCGACUUGCGGGGACUUCACGUGGUCGUAUGAGGACUACAAGGAAAUUGUUAAUGGUCCCAUGGUUGCUGGGUUAGGCGCCGUGCAACAAGAUGAUGAAUACGACAACAAACAACAGCAGACGGCCACUAAGACCAAGAACUCGGGACCAAGCCUAUCACAAACAUCGGAGACGGUUCUCAUUGUCGCCCUUUGUGGAACUCUUCUAUGUAUCGUUAUCGGUGUAGUCAAAGUAGUCCGCAGCAGGUCCAAACAUUACGUUCUAUGCCAAAAGUCCAAUAGCAGUGGUACCAAGAGUAUCGCCUCAAGAUUGUGUGGAACCGACCGUCAGCCGCUCCUGACCUCCAAAAUAUCAGAAUCAUCUACAUAAAUACAUACAGAAUUAUAUUUUUCGUCCAUUUUAACCUUCUAACCUUCUAACCUUUUUGAUUUUUUAAAAUUAAAUUUCUAACUUCACAUCCGUUAUUUGAUGAAAAGAACACAUUAUGAGGUUGUUUUAAGUUUCGGAAAUAAAGAUAUUCAUUUUCAUUAACUGCACAUAUAUUUUCGAGGGAGAUAACCACCAUGCUCUUCUUGAUAUAUGCCCAACAAAUGAUAAGUACUUGUUUAACCAACUUUGCUGAUUCAUGAAAUUGAAGAAUUUAACCAAUGAUCUAUGAAGAAAGUUCGGUGGUGCACAAUUUAACCAUCAUACCUGUCUUACACAUUAAGAUUGGAUUUGCUAAGCUUUAAACAAUUAUAUUAAUCGAUAAGUUUUGGCUUUUGAAUUUUGAUAUUUUAUUUAAUUUGUUUAAUACCUUUAUCGGAACUCUUCUUGUAAGAAGAUCAAUGCAGCCUUAGAAUGGACAAGACCAUUUAGAACUGUAAUUCGAAAAGUAAAAUUCUAUUUACAACAUGCUGCCAAAAAACAACAGUCCAGGUAAAGGACAUGAAAGGUCAAAAGUCAACACAGGUAUGCUUAAGAGGGCUCGAUCGUCGUUGUCAUUUCUAGACUGUAUUAAUCUUCUUUAGAAGAAGAGUUUUUUU